UAUAUUCGGCCCUGCCCACACGCAACGAGUAUCUAAUUAGUUCGAUAGCCCAACUUCAUUUUAAAAAGGUCCAUUCAGCAAAAUGAUCAAACUGAAGAGCGUCGUUUGACACACACGCGCGCUCAAAAUUUUAUUCCUUCGUCGCGUUUACAAAAAAAAAGUGGAAAAAAUUUUGAUUGAAUGUCAAUUCUAGUAUUUCAAAUGUGAUCUCAUUUUAAUGUUAAAAAGUAUAUUUAGGUCAAGUGAAUAUAUUGUGUUUCUAGUGGAUAUUAAUAUUAUUUUAAUUUUUAUUAAAUACAACAAACGUCGACUGUCUCGAUAUUAUAGAUUUCAUCUCUUCGAGAAAAAUGAAAGUGCUUUUAUUUCUCACUUGCAUCAUUCUGCCAACUCUUUCAGUGAAGGGAGGAUGUUGCCAUUGCAAUUUCAAUGAUACUGCAUACAUGGAAGAAGCUUGCGAGCAUAUCACUCCAUUUAUGACCUUGGUGCAAUCAUUAAUUAUGUCGAGAUGCGAUAUUUCAGAGGCAUGCAAACGAGUCGGUUCCGAUCAAGUGCCCGAAGAUGAAUGGUUCGAUUUCAUAAUUGUCGGGGCUGGAGUAGCAGGACCUAUUUUAGCAAGAAGACUCAGCGAUCAUGCUCCAUGGAGAGUUUUAUUAGUGGAAGCGGGUCCGGAGGAACCGUCUCUGACCGCCGUACCGGGUCUGGCUUUCAAUACGAUAAACACUUCUCUCGAUUGGAAGUACAUGACGGAAGCGACACAACCAUAUCCCACAGCCUGUUUGGAAACCGAUGGCAAAUGCGCCUGGCCAAGAGGAAAAAUGGUCUCGGGAACAGGCGGCAUGAACGGAAUGAUGUACGUUCGAGGACACCCUGAGAUCUAUAACAAGUGGGCGCGUGCCGGAAAUCCCGGCUGGUCAUACGAAGAAAUCGAGCACUACUUCGAACGCGCUGAGAAUCCAGUAAACACGAAAUUAGUCCAAGAUGAAAUUUUCAAAAAGACCCAAACCGGUGGUCCUAUAAAUAUAGAUCUCUUCUCCCAUAAACCGGAUUUUUCCGACGAACUACUGAAAGCCGCGAGGGAAUUAGGCUACGAGACGGAGAGACUAAGAGCCUAUAAUCAAACAGGUUUUAUCGUUGCUCCAAUGAUGACAGCCGGUGGUCUAAGAGGAACAACGUCGAAAUUCUACCUAAGACCAGUGGCCGAUAAACCAAACCUACGCCUUCUGACGAACGCCCACGUGAGCAAAAUUCUACUCAAUAAGUGGGACAUGCGAGUUAAUGGAAUUGAGUUAAUAGACAAGGAGGGCAAGAAACGGAUCAUGAAGGCCGAUAAGGAGAUUAUUUUAACAGCCGGUGCAAUUGGUUCGCCACAAUUGUUAAUGUUGUCUGGCAUUGGUCCAAAGGAGGAUCUUCAAAAGUUGGGGAUUACCGUUUAUCAAGAUUUGCCAGUGGGGAGAAUUUUACUCAAUCACGUCUCGGUGGGAAUUCCCAUGAGUAUCAAGGAUGAUCACUAUGAGACAAUGACCAUAGAGGCUGUUAAUCAGUACAUCAAGGAUAGAACUGGACCGUUGUCGAGUACGGGUCUUACGCAAGUCACUGCGUUUAUGGAGAGUUCGUAUGCUAGUCCUGGAAUUUCCGAUUUACAGGUAUUCUUUGAUGGAUUCAGUUCUGGGUGCCCGGAAACGGGGCACAAAUUCGAAUGCCCGGAUGGUAGGAUAGGUAGCUGUCCGAAUAGAAGAGAAAUUGUGGCCAGACCAACGGUGGUCAUCACCAAAAGUCGGGGAUAUCUACAAUUACGUUCUACCAAUCCGUUGGAUCAUCCUCUCAUCUAUCCCAAUUACUUUACCAAUGAAACCGAUUUGAAAAUACUCAUUGAAGGUGUCAGAAAAGUCAUUAAACUAAUUAGUACGAAGUCAAUGAGGAAAUGGGGAAUGAGACUGGAGCAGGAACCAAAUAAACUCUGUUCUAGGUACCACUUCAAUACCGACGCUUAUUGGGAAUGUAUAAUUCGUGUCAAAACUGGUCCAGAGAAUCAUCAAUCGGGAACUUGUAAAAUGGGAUCGGCAAGUGACCCAGAAUCUGUGGUUAAUUCACAGCUUCAAGUUCACGGGAUCUCGAAUCUUCGAGUUGCUGACGCGUCCGUAUUUCCAAUUCUACCAAAUGCAAAUCCAAUAGCGCCCAUUGUUAUGGUAGCUGAAAAAGCUGCCGAUUUAAUUCGAUACACAUGGCUACGAAGUGGUAAACGAAGAAAAUAAAAUUGUCAUCCGUUUAGAAAAAUUAUACAUUAUUCCCAUUAUUCAUUAAGUAGUCAUUUUUGUAAUAAAUUUUUUCUAUUUAAAAAUGUUUCAUUCUU